UUCCAAAGGCGGGGCGGGCGGGGGAGCCCAGGGACCCAGCCUUGGCCGGAAGCCGGUUCACAGUCCCCGCAGGGGGCGUUGGCUGAGAGCUCAGGGGCCCCAGGGACCCAUCAGGACCUAGCCCUCCCGCCAGGCCAUGGAGCCCUCCGGGCUCCUCGUGACCGGUGCCUCCUUCGCCGCCUUCCGGGGGCUGCACUGGGGGUUACAGUUGCUGCCCACGCCGGGAUCUGCUGCCCAGGACCGUUGGAAGUGGCGGAACAUCUGUGUCUCCCUGGUGCACAGCCUGCUGACGGGGGCCGGGGCGCUGCUCGGGCUGUCACUGUACCCUCAGAUGGCCGCGGACCCGAUUCAUGGCCACCCACCCUGGGCCCUGGCGCUGGUGGCUGUAUCUGUGGGUUAUUUCCUGGCUGAUGGAGCAGACAUGCUGUGGAACCAGACAUUGGGUCAGGCCUGGGAACUUCUCUGUCACCAUUUGGUGGUAGUGAGCUGCCUCAGCACUGCCAUUCUGUCUGGCCACUACGUGGGCUUCUCUGUGGUGUCUUUGCUCCUGGAGCUGAACUCCACCUGCCUGCACCUACGAAAGCUGCUGCUGCUUUCUCACCAGGCCCCAUCCCUGGCCUUCAGCGUGACUAGCUGGGCCACUCUGGCUACCCUAGCUGUCUUCCGCCUGGUACCACUGGGGUGGAUGAGUCUGUGGCUAAUCCGGCAACACCAUCAGGUGCCUCUUGCUCUGGUCAUCCUUGGUGGAACUGGACUAGUGACUGUGGGUGCCAUGAGCAUCACACUGGGUGUCCGCAUCCUAGUCAGUGAUGUCCUGCGAUCUCGGCCCCACCCACCCAUCCCUGGACACAAGGAAACCAGGGGCACCAGGACAUGUUGUGAUGGUGAGCCUGUCACCAGGGUUGAUUCCACUCUCAGCCUGAGAGACUGAAGAGGAGCCUCAGGCUCCUCUUCUGCCAGCCCUGUGGGAGGUAGGACCAGGACAAGGAGAUGGUUGUCUUCAGUGCACAGUCUCCCAGGCGUAAGAACUGGGCCAGAUCUUCAGUUAUCUCAGUUCCUCUUCCAGGUAACUCAAUCCCUCCCCCAUUCCUAGGAUCUGAGAAGAACUAAUAUUCAUGGAUGGUUGGGAACUUGGGCUAUUGUUAACAGAAUCCCAUCACCAGAUGACCGCCCUUUCCAGCACACUAACUUAAGAGGUUAAAGCCUGUGCUACCAAUAAAGGGUGGUAGGAGGCAGGAAGCUGAUGAAACUGCCAGUUGGAACAGAAACUCUUUGCUUUAGCACAGGAACAGAUGAGGAAAGAUGAAGUCACUAGGAUCAAAGAGCUCUGGUAAGGAAGGGGUGGGACCAGAGGGAAGAGCGACCUCACCUAUAACCAAAUUUUGGCAGUUGGCGGAGGGCACAGCAGGUUCUAUGUAUAGCUAGUAGGGAUGGACAUAACAGUUGCCAAGAGACAGAGGAAAUCGGACCACAACAAUUGCUGGUGAUAUUUUUGGUUCUCAAAGCCAUACUAUUCUGUUUGUACUUAACCCUAGUCCUACUGUGUGCAACAUCUUCCCUUUAAAUGUUUUUAGUGUCUUCUGAUGUUUUCAAAGGAAAUACAGAUUCUUAGAGGAAUGAGCACAGGGCUAGGUCUGUUUUCUCAGAACUGUAAUGAAGUCCAGAGCCAUAGCAGGAACUCAACCACCCAAUCUGGGUGCCUGGAGUAGGGUCUUCCCAGACCCAGACAUUAAUGGAAGAAUGAAGGUAGAGGCAGAAGCAGAUGAAGGAAGGCUUCCACUUGGCUGCAGAGGAAUUAAGGAAUAUUUGACUCUCUUCUGGGAUUUGUUGCAAGUUCCCCUUUCUCCUCUGCUGCUUCUAUUGUUUGUGUGUGUGUGUGUGUGUGUGUGUGUGUGUGUGUGUGUGUGUGUGUGUGUUGUGUGUGUCACACAAGACCCCUUGCUUCUUCAGGCAGAACUUCCAGAUUAUGGGAAGUGUAAACAGAUUAAGGCUGCUAUUCUAUUAAACAAUGGACAGAAAUCAGUAACCUUUAAUCAUCCGCAGAAAAGAUACCUGAGCAAAAGCAAAAGACAGGAAGAUGAAAGCAAAAAAUCCUGUCAAAAAGCUGAGCUAGAGGGGGAGGAGGGUAUAGUUCAGUGGUAGAGUGCAUGCCUAGCAUGCAUGAGGUCCUGGGUUCAAUCCCCAGUAUCUCCAUUAAGUAAAAAAUAAAUAAAUAAACCUCCUCCCAACAAAAAUUGAAAAUAAAAAAAGAUAAAAUUUAAAAAAAAGCUGAGCUAGAGAAAGACAAAAGGAAUGAGAGAUGCAGACAUAUAGGUUGAAGGACAGAUAGAAAGAAAGAUUUGUUGCAUAGAAGAGACAUAGAUGAAGAAAGAUGGAGGGCAAGACAGAAUCCUGGGCAGAAAUAUCAGGAAAAUCUGCUAUCAACGCUGAGAAGAACAAAAAUCAUCUAGAAUUGGCUAAAUGGUCAUAAACAUGGAGGACAAGAAAAAUAGAAAUAGAGGCUGACAGGAAGGGACUCCAAAGGUGACAGGUACAGACAGUCUAGACAGUGGAAGCGUGUGAGUGAAUGACUAGGAGGAACCACCAGACUCGAGAGAGAGACAGAGGUAAUAGUGGCUGAUAGAUUAGCAGAGCCAGAGGAGAGAGAGAGGAAAUAGAGACAAGGGGGAUUAGUCAGGGGAGCUGAGAAGCAGAAGGACAGAAGGUGGAGGAGAGGCAGUCAAUAGAAAGAUUCAUUGACAGAAGAAGCAGACAAUAUGUUGAGUUGGAGGCAGAAAGACAAAGGACAAACGGUCUCAGUGCGAAACACAGAGGCAGGGGCUGACAGGAACUGAGAGUCAGAGACUGGUAGGAAGAUGAGAAGUAAGAAUCAGGGAUGUGAAUUGACACAGAAGAAUAAGGGACUGAAGAGAAUCACAGAGAGAAACAAAGGGGUAGGGGGAAGGGCAGAACGAUGAAAUCAACAUCCAGAGGAAGGAACAGGGAGAAGACAGGAACACAGAGAUGGAGAGAGGACAAACCACCAUAGAGCUGGGGGGGAAUGAGAGAGAGGCAUUGUGGGAUAUCCCCAUCAGAGAGUCGUUAAAACCAAGACACAAAGCAGGAAAAAUGAGGAAAAAAGAAUGAGGAGGGGGGAGGGUGUAGCUCAAGUGAUAGAGCACAUGCUAAGCAUACAAAAAGUCCUGGGUUCAAUCCCCAGGACCUCCUUUAAAAGUAAAUAAAUAAGUAAACCUAAUUACCUUCCCCCACCAAUAAAAAUAAAUUAAAGUAAAAUUUUAAAAAAUAAAGAAUGAGGAGAGGGGGCAAGGGUAUAGCUCAGUGGUAGAGUACAUGCCUAGGAUGCCUGAGGUCCUGGGUUCAACCCCCAGAACCUCCAUUAAAAAUAAAUGAAGAACCUAAUUACAUCCCCCCAAAAAAAGAUGAAAAAUAAUAAAUAAAAAUUUAAAAAAUAGAAUGGAUGGACAAACCAAUUUUUAAAAAUUAAAAAAAAAGAAUGAAGAGAAACUGUGACAGUUGGAAGUGAAACACAGGCAGAAAAUAAGAAGAGGGUUUAAAUGUAAUCAGUCUAAAACUGGAGAGGCAAUGGUAUAGAAGCUAAGUUAGAGAAACAAAGCAGAAUGCUGUCUGAGAGUUUGUCCUUAAUAGAAGUAAUAUCUUCAAAUCUCAAUUUGCUAUUUUAACCAAAUGCGUUGGUUAACAAGAAUACUGUCUUGAGCUUUCAAAAAAAAAAAAAAAAUGUGACAAACUCAUGGGAGGAAUCUGUUCCCAAAUUGUGUGUUGUUGUCAACGUUGGUUCAUUCUAAGCCCUACAAACUUACUUGUGCUAUGAAUUCAUGGUCUGAGUGAGUUCCCCACUUGAGAAAACUUGGUAAUAUCUAUGAAGGGUGCCCAAGAACUUGACCAUUAGGGACAUAUGGCUAUUUCUAUGGGUUAACUAGUAAAAACCAUUCAGGUAGUGAUUAGGUACGUGUCGGGGUAGGACAUAAGUGGACACUUGAAGAAGUUGGGAUCAUAUAGAAAUUUCCGUCACAGGGACCCAGUGAAACUUCAGAAAGGCAGGACCGGAUUAUGAUUAUGGUUGAGGAAGUGGACAUCACAUCAACUGGACCAGUUAUAGGUGCUGUGAAACAGAUAUAGAUGAUGAGAAUCAGAGGCAUGGUCAACUGAGAGCCUAGAAAAGAGCAGCUCAGAAAUGCAGAGGAUGGCAGAUGCCAAUGAGUUGAAUCACCCUGGCGUUGCUCUGUCAGACCUCACCAUGGCCCAUUGAAGUGGUCCUCAAGAUUGACUCCAUGCCUACCAAGCUACUGGUUGAUGAAUUCUUUGUCUUCUGGCACAGGGGAGGGGCUUUCCUGGAUGGAGACAUUGAUAUUUUAUAAUCACCAAACUCUAUCCUGAUCAAAAAUUAAUAAAUUGCUAUGCAAAUCAUAGCAUCAGUUUUU